AUGCCACCAGUCCGCACGGCACGCGCCUCGAAGAAGGCUCCACCGGAGGGCUUUGAGGACAUCGAAGACACGCUGCUCGAAUUCCAGAACAAGAUGAAGGACGCUGAGAAUGCAUCCCACGAAGGAAAGAAGAAGUACGAGAUGACGUGGCCCAUCUUCCAGAUCACACAUCAGCGUUCGCGAUACAUCUACGACUUGUACUAUGAGAAGGAAGCCAUCAGCAAGCAGCUCUACGACUAUCUCCUCAAGAAUGGAUACGCAGAUGCUAUGCUGAUUGCCAAGUGGAAAAAGCAAGGUUAUGAGAAGGUGAGCGGAGUCACCUCUAGUUUGCCACUUUGUUCAGUGCUAACAGGCCACAGCUUUGCUGCACCCGCUGUAUUCAGACCAAGGAGACCAACUUCCGAUCUACGUGUAUCUGUCGUGUUCCCCGUGAGCAGAUGA